AUGUCUCAGGUAUACCUACUGAGACCCUCUCUGGUGACUGUUCUUGCAGUUCAGCGUAGGCUUUUCCACCGAAGUGUGGUAGUUCGUCGUGCGCAACAGGAACCAAAUCCACCACCAAUCGCACCAGAGGAGACGCAAUCGCAGGAAGAUGAAGUGGUGCUCUUUUCCCAGGAUAAGGAUAUCUUACCAGAAGUGGAAGUCAAACCGUUCCAACGUAUUAAGGAAGACUCGAACUUGAGAUUCAGCAAGAGAAUCAUUCAACCUUCGCUCGAAUGGUACAAAAAAACGGAGGAUGUGAAUGCUAAGCAGGAUGGCCAUAAUUAUCAGAAACCCUUAUCUUUAAUGCAAUCAGAUAUCCCUUCAACUGUUUUAUUUCAGGAAUCAAUUAAAUGGCUUGCAAAGGGUAGCUAUCAAAUCGAGCAGAAAGAGAAUAAAGCGGACCAGAUAGAUCCUUCAAAGAUUUCAUUUCAUAUCAAGCCAUCUUCCAUCUUAUCAUCGACCUUGAUGUGUGGAGAUUUGUGUGUUAUUAAAAACAGACCGUUUGAGUUGGUGGUAUGCGUGGGGACCCCAUCUGAAUCAAUGGACGGACGCUUUACUUUUGCCAAGGCUGAUGGAACUAUAAAAUAUGCACGGAAAGAGCAUGUGGUGGUAAGAUUUCCGAAUAUCUUCAAGACUUCAAAUUUAAAUCUAUUACAAAGAGAAACACAACAUGGAUACACACCCAUAGGGACUACAAAAAAUGAUAAAGAUAUCACAUUCAUUAUCCCAACGCUGGCUCGCAGAAUGUUGAUUUCCAAUAUCACAUUUAGCAUAUCAAACAAAGCCAACGAACAGCUCCCUGUAGUCAAGAAAAAAUUGGAGUUAUUGCAUCGCUAUCUACAAUCUGGUAUAGGUUCAUGGCAAAUACCUUUCUUAAAGCUUGUGGAACUCUGUACACAUCUAGACUUGAGUCAAGAUAUUGAUAAGGCAGUGUCUAAAGCUUUGCACAAAUCUGGCCUCGACAGUAAGUCCCUUUACUCUUUAGCGGAUUCACAUUUCAAAUUGACCUCCAAUAUACCCCAAAGUGUAGAUUGUUCUUUGUUCCUUGCAGUUUAUUGGGCUAUAUUACACCAACAGGGAACACAAAUGUGGGGAGAAGUAACAGUCCACAAAGGUUUGUUCUUCCCGAGCGCGGUAACUAUUCUUCCCUUAGGCUCUCAAUAUCUUCACUAUCAUAACACCAUUCACAAAUUGAGGCAAUUUGAUGGGAAACGGAUUUCAAAGAUUGCUGAACUAAUAAACAGUAAUAACCUGGCCUUGAUAAACGAAAAGUUCCCUUAUAUCAUACCGUUAUUAAGGGACUAUGCUGCUGGGAACUUACAGUAUAAUGAGACUAUUACCAGCUUAAUAGCUUCAUUGUUUAGAAAACUCGAUAAGUAUAAGGAUCACAACGUGAGUCGUGAUUCUUGUUUUGACUUAUUAAAGCAGAUUAAUCCAGCUGAACCACCAAAUCCUCUUUUGGUCAAUCAAGAGUUGCAAUUACCUAAUAAUAAUGAACGAGUAAAACUUGAACAAAAGAUAUAUGAUUUGACUGUCCCACCAAACUUUCAGUCACAGGAAAAUAAUAGAAUUGAAUAUGAAAAUCUCGUGUGUUAUUGUAUUGACAGUCCGGAGGCACAUGAAAUUGAUGAUGCAGUAUCAAUAACCAAAUUAGGCGCCUCGAAAUACAGACUGUAUAUCCACGUUGCAGACCCUGCAUCUCUAUUUCCUGAGUCAAUGGAUACAAAUAUAACUUCUCAGUCUCCGGUCUUAGAUAUUGCAUACCAAAGAGCAUUUACAACAUACUUACCGGAUAAAGUAUUUCCUAUGUUACCAGUGUCAUUCGCAAGAAAAUCUGAUUUAGGUGCAUUUGGUAAGCCAACCAGAGCAAUGACAUUUUCAAUCGAAUGUGAGCUAUCACAGAAUGGUAAUAUUAGGCUCUUAAAUGAUAGUCUAAAAAUUGAGCUAUCUAUAGUGCACAAAUCGAAAAGAACAACAUAUGAUAAAGUGGAUUCGGUAUUAGGCAAAAAAUCUGAAUCGGUGCAAUCGCAAGAACAACAAGACCUAUUUUCGUUAUUCAAAAUCGCUAAAGCGCUAAGAAAAAAGAGAAUUCAAGAAGGGGGUGCUGUGGUUUUCGAAAAUUCUUCCAAUGGACUUGUUAGAUUGACUACUGAUGACAAUUCUGAUUUAACUGUCGUUUCCUUCGAGGAUCAAAAAGAAUCGAAGUCAACUAUCCUUGUUUCCGAGCUAAUGAUACUUGCAAAUACAAUUGCUGCCUCGUAUUUCAAGGAAGCUAAAAUACCAGGCAUUUUCCGUGCAUACAGAAAAUUGAAUUUAGUCGAUGAGGCAGCUUCUUUGUAUGAAUGGAUGGAAACCAAGACUAAAAAUAAUGAGAUUUUCUCACAGGCGGAUAUAACAAAAAUCGCCAAUUUCAUGACCAACAGUUUCUAUUCAAGUACUUCCAUUCCUCAUUCAAUGAUAGGGUCGCAGCAAUAUCUUACUGUGACCUCGCCAUUAAGAAGAUUCCCGGAUAUGAUCAAUCACAUCCAGCUGCAUAGGCAUUUGAGAAAUCUUCCUUUAUUCUACAGCCAAUCUGACCUUGAUGGAAUGGCAUGGCAUAUUAUGACACGGGAUGUCACUUUAAAAAAUGCCAGCCACAAAGCACAGUCAUUUUGGACCCUUAAGUAUUUGAAAGACACUAUAAAGGAUCCUUCAAAGAACUUCUGGUCUAUUCGUGUAACACAUUUGCCAGAGGAUGGGUAUGUGCGCUGCGUAAUUAAAGAUAAAUCAUUUGCUACAGGAAAAUUGAAACUAAAUCUCAAUCAGAAACCUCUUUUAGUUGGAGAUACUGUUUCUGCUUGCCGCAUCUCACGAAUUGAGUGUUUAGACGGCAAUUUAGAAUUUGAAUUAACCCCAAAGUCUAAAACAAAGAGGCUAACCUCUCAAGCAACUAAAUUAUAA